ACAAGAAGCUCCGUGUUUAAUCCCUACCACAUCGCUGUUAGUGUUGCCCCCAAUUUAUUGCGCCGCGCAUUAGCCUUGUUUGUCAAAACUGGUAUUUUGGAGUUAAAGUUAAAAUUCAAUCCCAUGAAGAUAAACGAACUACUUUUAAAAGCUCAAAAUGAAAAAGAAAGCGGAAAUGAAUUCUACAAGCAUGGAAAUGUUAGAAGUGCAAUAAAAAAAUAUCACUAUUGCCUAAUGUACUUAAAAGACAUAGAGAAACCAUCUCCAUUGUCUAAGUUAACAGGAGAACUACACGAGGAGUUAAGCCAGAAAAGUUUAAAAGAUAUCAAUAACUUGCGUUGUACUUGCUAUAAUAAUUUGUCAGUUUGUUUAGCUAAAAAACAACAAUAUGACAAAGUUAUAGAGUAUACGACUAAGGUUUUGUUACUUGAUUCAGAUAAUAUUAAAGCAUUAUUUCGUCGUGGACAGGCUUACAUGAACAAAACAGAUUUUGACAACGCAGAAAAAGACUUUAAAAGAAUUAAAAUCAUCAAUGAAAAAGAAACAUGUGCGAACGAUUAUUUUAUAUUGAUUGAAAAGGAGAGAAAAAAAGAAGAACGAAAAAGAAAAGAUAUAUAUAAAAAAAUGGUUUUAUUCUAA